ACUUAAAGAUCAAUACCCAAAUGAUAUCCACCAGUGUAUGUCAGUUGGAAAAUUGUUCCAUAUUUAAAAUACCUACAAAAAAUAGGUCUCAAGAAGAGCAGCUGUCAACCCGAAUAUGUACUUAUUGUAAUAUGUUACGCGUUCUAAAUUAUAUCAAAAUGAGUCCACGCUUGAUAGGCUAACCUCUGACUUUCAAAAUGGCUGCUAUCGAAAGUAACACGUGUGGAGUCAGUGAAAUAGAUCUAAACGACGCAUCUGACAGUGAAAGCACAAGUCAACACGAUGACGGGCAGUAUUUAUUUGAUUUCACAAAGGAUGGUGACGUAGACGUCUGGCAAGAACAAUCGGAUACCGUACGAGAUGUCGGCAUGUCCAAGGCCAUCUUUGUUAUUCACAAAAAUGUUGGAUUCAGACGAGCUAUAUUUUUUGCUCUUUUAAAUCCUCAAUUAAAUGGAGCCGGUUUUGCUGGAAUACGAGCUAUUCAAACAUACAAUCUUACCGGUUACACAAAGCUACAAAUUAAAUGCAGAGGACAAGGGCAAUUUAAUGGAUUCAAAGUUACUUUACGGCAUAAAGGUUUAAAUGACGAGCCCAACUAUUCAUUUGAGCAAUAUUUCCAGGCACCAAAAGAUGACUUUGCCAUUCGUAAUCUCAAGUUCUCAGAGUUUAAAGCUUACUACAGAGGUAAAAGAGUAACUAACAAUGAAUUGUUAGAUUUGUCACAAGUUUCAAGUAUCGGUAUACAAAUGUAUGGUGGAGUUUACCAACCUGUGAAGCAGAAGGGUCCCGCAACUUUGGAGAUAGAUUGGAUAAGAGCAGUUUAAAAUUACAACAAUAAAAUAAAUUUUAUCAUUCUUAUUACUACUGUUUAAGUUCAUUUAAAUAGUGUCUAAUAUUCUACACCCAAGUUGUCUGUAACAUGUUGUUUUAUUAACAAA